AGAAGAAGCAGAGAGCAUGAGAAAUCGUUGAGUUGACUCAGUGGAGAGCGAUGCGAUGGAGGAAAAGAGUGAGUGCUUCGAGUGUCUUCAACUUCGAAUCAACUCGGAUUUCUCUGAUCAAUUCGUCUUCAAUUAUGCCAACUCCACCUCUGCUUUUCCUUUCGGAUCGUCAGCUAUCGUCCAUAUUUCUGGUACAGCAGGUGGUGAAACUUCGGAUGGUCAAUUUAUAUUGCAGUACAUGCCUAGUCAUGAGAAGAAUUGUUUUACCAAUUAUGUAAAUGAAUAUAUUUUGGAUAGCAGUGAAAGCACUAGAAGUAAUGAUGCUGAUAUUGGAGGCAGUCAAUGUAAUAAUGUGGUUAAUGGUGAAACCAGAAAUGCUUCUUGUAAUCAUUCAGGAAGGUUUUCUUGCUCGAGGACAAUCACUUCACUUGCCCCGAUUGCUCGUGUGGGAAUGUCUUCCUAUUCUACAUUUCAAGAGGUCGCCACUGAUUUCUCGUCUGGAUUAAUUGAAGAUCAUGUGUUAGAUUCACUCGAUCUCUUCAUUGAAGGGAAAGCAUCUGGAAGGGACAGUAUAAAUUUCCUUAGUUUACUCGGGUUGCCAUCAUUUAAGGAAGAUACUUUUCCAGGCACUUUGAGGCAUCCAAACGUAGCUCCUGUCCUUGCAAUUUUUAAAACAUCUGAUCACAUUAACAUGGUGCUUCCAAAGACUCCAUACAACUUGGAAAGUAUUCUUCAUUUUAACCCCAAUGCCUUAAAGUCUGAUUGGAACAGAAGAUUUCUUAUAUAUCAGCUACUCUCGGCCUUAUUGUACUUACAUGGUUUAGGGCUUUCCCACGGUAAUAUAUGCCCAUCCAAUAUCAUGGUGACUGACUCGUUAUGGUCUUGGCUGAGAUUAUGGAAUGAACCAGCAUUGGAAUCUAAUUUAACUUUGCAAAAGAGUGAAAGCAUUAAUUCUAAACCUGCAAAAAUUGGUUGUUCUAAUGGUGGGUGUCGUUCUAAUGGCCUUUAUGCUGAUCUAAAGCUCUCGCCAUCAAUAGAUUGGCAUUCUAGCUUCCAUCAAUGGUGGAGAGGAGAACUAAGUAAUUUUGAGUAUUUACUCAUCUUAAACAGAUUAGCUGGAAGAAGGUGGGGGGACCAUACAUUUCAUCCAGUAAUGCCUUGGGUAAUUAAUUUUAGCUCAAAACCUGAUGAUAACUGUGAUGCAGGGUGGCGAGACUUGAGCAAGAGCAAAUGGCGCUUGGCUAAAGGUGAUGAACAGUUGGAUUUCACCUAUUCAACAUCCGAAAUCCCUCAUCAUGUGUCAGAUGAAUGUCUGUCUGAAUUGGCUGUCUGCAGUUAUAAAGCAAGAAGGCUGCCUUUGAGUGUUCUCCGAAUGGCUGUUCGUUCAGUGUAUGAACCUAAUGAAUAUCCUUCCACAAUGCAGAGGCUCUAUCAAUGGACCCCCGAUGAAUGCAUUCCGGAGUUUUACUGUGAUGCCCAAAUUUUUAGGUCAAUACAUGAUGGUAUGGCUGAUUUAGCUGUACCUUCUUGGGCAGAGAGUCCUGAGGAUUUCAUUAAAUUGCAUCGCGAUGCAUUAGAAAGUAAUAGGGUGUCAUUUCAACUCCAUCAUUGGAUAGACAUAACCUUUGGGUACAAAAUGUCUGGCCAGGCAGCUAUUGCUGCUAAGAAUGUUAUGCUUCCUCUUUCAGAACCCAUGAUGCCAAGAUCAACUGGACGUCGUCAGCUCUUUACGCGACCACACCCCAUUCGGUAUGCCACAUCUAGAAUAACUCGUAAUGGUACUAAUAAAUAUACCAAAGUUUGGAGCCAAACAAAUGAAAUGCAGCGAGAGACAUCUCUUCUAUCUGAAACUGCUUAUCUACAAGAACUAGAACAAGCAUCUGCAUUUGCUGAACAUGCUAGGCAUUUGAAUGCUUGUUACCAUAAUCCCUUAAAUCAAACAGAGAGGAACAUCUCAUCGUCGGGAGAUCCAACAACAGAGACAUUUACUAGAAGUAUAAGCAAACUAUCUUUGAUUGACAGAAAUUACCGGGUGCCAUAUAAAAUGAAUCUAAUUUCUUUUCUUCAACAAAUGAAAGAGGAAGAUGAAGGGUUCUCAGGAUAUCCAGACUUGCUACUUUGGAGGCAGAAAUUAUCUUCUUCAAGACUUGGCUCUGAAGAUGUUGCUAAGGACAUAUUUUCUGUUGGUUGUCUCUUAGCUGAACUUCAUCUAUGCAGGCCACUCUUUGAUUCAAUCUCAUUGGCAAUAUACUUGGAGGAUGGAACCUUGCCAGGAUUUCUGCAGGAACUACCUCCUCAUGUUAGAUUACUUGUUGAAGCAUGCAUCCAAAAGGAUUGGAUGAGGAGGCCAUCAGCCAAAAUUCUUCUGGAAUCACCUUAUUUUUCAAAGAUAGUCAAGUCCUCCUACUUGUUUCUUGCUCCACUCCAGCUUGUAGCUAAACAUGAAACCCGUCUUCGUUAUGCUGCAAAUCUUGCAAAUCAGGGAGCUCUCAGGGAAAUGGGCACAUUUGCAGCUGAAAUAUGCGCCACUUAUUGCUUACCUCUUGUAUUGAAUUCUGUUAAUGAUAUUGAAGCUGAAUGGGCUUAUAUACUACUGAAAGAAUUCAUGAAAUGCUUAACAACACAAGCAGUCAAAACAUUGAUCUUGCCAGCCAUACAGAAAAUUUUGCAGACCACGGGUUAUUUACAUUUAAAGGUUUCCCUUUUACAAGAUUCAUUUGUGCGUGAAAUAUGGAAUCAAGUUGGUAAACAAGCAUACCUGGAAACUAUUCACCCAUUGGUCUUGUCAAACUUGUAUAUUUCUCCAGAUAAAAGUUCAGCUGCCUCUGCUUCGGUGCUUCUAAUUGGUUCUAGUGAGGAGAUUGGUGUACCUAUUACCAUCCAUCAGACAAUUUUGCCUCUUGUUCAUUGCUUUGGGAAAGGACUAUGUGCUGAUGGCAUUGAUGUGCUGGUCAGAAUUGGUGGCAUUUUUGGGGAAUCUUUUAUCGUCAAACAGAUGCUACCACUACUGAAAAAUGUUUUCCGUUCCUUCAUUGAUGUAUCAUGCAUGAAUAAGCCUGAUCCUGUCCAGAGUUGGAGUGCUUUAGCACUUAUUGAUUGUAUGAUGACUUUAGAUGGUCUUGUAGCGUUCUUGACAGAAGAGGUCAUUGUAAAGGAGCUGCUUGAAGACCUUAGUAGUAUGCACAUUGGGGUUCUUAUGCAGAAACAGAUGGAAAUUGCAGUGCUUCAGGUUGCUGCUACUACUCUCUUUGGAAUUUGUCAGCGGAUUGGGGCAGAUUUGACUGCAUUGCAUAUUCUUCCAAAACUUAAAGAACUAUUUGAUGAGCUUGCUUUCUCCCAGGAAAUUUCUAAAGGUUCGACUACUGUUGGCAGAAACUUGAAGGUUGACAAAUUAAGAAUUGGUGGGCACUUGCAAAUUGAAAGUCGUAUGGAUCUAGUGCUGGUUCUUUAUCCUUCCUUUGCAUCUCUGCUUGGGAUAGAGAAACUUCGUCAAUGUUGUGCUACAUGGUUGCUUCUUGAACAAUUUCUUCUACGCAAUCAUAAUUGGAAGUGGGAAUAUGCAGGAGAAUCAUCAAAAAAUGGUUCAGAAAAUAUUAUUGGUAGAAGACCUAUGACCCAGGGCUUCACAUCAGAAUACAAUCCAGCAAAGUUGUUGCUUAAUGGGGUUGGAUGGUCAAUUCCACAAUCCCAAGGAAGUAGAAGUGCCAAAAAUUUGAUCCCUCAGAGACGACCAUUUAAAGUUCAUCAAAAUUCAGUAGUAAUGCACGAAGGAAGGUCAUACCAAAUGAACCAUGAACCCUGGUUUUGGUUCCCUAGUCCAGCCACCAUCUGGGAUGGGCCUGAAUUUCUUGGGCGGGUGGGGGUUCAGAAAGACGACCUUCCAUGGAAGAUAAGAGCUUCUGUUAUAUACUCUAUACGUGCACAUCAUGGAGCAGUAAGGUCUCUGGCUGUUCAUCAAGAUGAAUGUACUGUUUUCACUGCAGGAAUUGGUCAAGGAUAUAAAGGAACUGUUCAGAAGUGGGAAUUGAGCCGAACUAACUGUAUGUUCGGCUAUUAUAGCCAUGAGGAGGACCCGGGUACGGGGAAGAUGAUUGGAGUGGGCCGUGAGUCACGGGGUCUGUUCUACCUUGAUGUGCCGAGUCCUUCAGUUGCUUGUUCUCUCACAGAAUCUCCUCAGCUCAUCCACAGUCGUCUCGGGCAUCCUAGUCUUGCGAAAUUGCAGAAGAUGGUUCCUCUUUUAUCCGGUCUUCAAACUUUAGAUUGUCAGUCAUGUCAGCAAGGAAAGCACAUACGCUCCUCCUUUGCUAAUCGAGUCAAUAAACGAGCUGAUGCUCCUUUUUCAAUUAUUCAUUCAGAUGUUUGGGGUCCUAGUCGUAGUGUGUCUAUUUUAGGUUUUCGGUAUUUUGUCACCUUUAUUGAUGAUUUCUCCCGUUGUACUUGGAUUUAUUUAAUGAAAAAC